AUGAACUCGACACGCGACCCGUUCAACCUCCGCAGCAAAACAGCAUUCAAGACACCCUCCGCCUUCGCCGUCCUCCAGAACGCCGCCAACAAGAAAGCCUCGCAAGCCGUCGAAUCGACCAAGCAGGCAGUCGAGGCCACGAAACAGGCGAUCCAGGACUCAGAUAUGUCCUUCGCCAUCCCGCGCAACGUACCCAAUUUCGAGAGCGCGCAACGAAAGUUUGAAGAUAAUGUUUGGAACAAACUACCGGGGAACGAAAAGGGCUUGCCAAUGUAUAAGGACAAGCCUUCGGGGAAAAGCUAUGGAUAUGGCGGUGGUGCGAGGGGAAGGAAAGGCUUCCUGCGGAGUAAGAGGGGCAUGUCGCUGAUAGCACUGGUAGUGCUGGGGCUGUUCUACUGGUUCGGAUGGUCUAGUGGUGGCACAAACGUGGGCACAGUACAAGACGAGAAGGAUAGGGGCAAGAGCUUGUUGUCAAAUAUAGGUGGAAGUGCUGCCGGAAAGAAGAGCAAAGUUGACUGGGAGAAGCGGAGACAAGCAGUCAAAGACGCCUUCCUACUGAGUUGGAACGCGUACGAGGAGCAUGGCUGGGGCUAUGACGAGUACCACCCCGUUUCGAAGAAGGGUCGAUACAUGGCUGAGCCCAACGGUCUGGGCUGGAUCAUCGUGGACGCACUCGAUACUCUCAUGAUCAUGAAUCUCACCAAGGAACUCACUCACGCACGGCAAUGGAUUUCGACGAGUCUCGACUACGACAAGAAGCAGGAUGUCAAUACCUUCGAAACAACUAUACGCAUGCUUGGUGGUCUGCUGUCUGCACACUACUUGCAGGAGACACUUCCAGGCCUGAAGCCUGAGAACUCGAACGAGGAGGACCUCUUCCUGGAGAAAGCUACCGACCUGGCUGAUCGUCUUAUGGGCGCAUACGAGUCACCUUCGGGUGUGCCUUGGGCUAGCGUUAUCCUCCGCGAUGCCAAAGGGGAAGCCUCGCACGCCGACGGCGGUGCGUCCUCCACAGCCGAAGCAACCACCCUCCAACUCGAGAUGAAAUACCUAGCGUUCCUCACCGGUGAGGCACACUACUGGGAUGUGGCUGAGAAAGUAAUGAAAGUCGUGGACGACAACGGUGCCAAAGACGGUCUCCUGCCCAUUUUCAUCUACGCAGACAAAGGCACCUUCCGCGGAAGCGAGAUCCGAUGGGGUAGUCGCGGGGACAGCUACUACGAAUACCUCAUCAAGCAGUACCUGCAAACCCAGAAGCAAGAGCCAGUCUACCAAGAGAUGUGGAACGAGUCGCUAAACGGCGCAAAGAAGCAUCUCCUCACAUACACGAAGAACAGCCACUUCACCGUCCUAGCAGAGCGACCAAGCGGAAUCGAAGGCAAACUUCACCCCAAGAUGGACCACCUCGUCUGUUUCCUACCCGGUACCAUCGCCCUCGCUGCAACCGGUGGCAUCCCUCUCGCCGACGCGCGCAAAUUACCUACCUGGGGCAAAGCACAAGAAGAAGACAUUACCCUCGCCCGCGAACUCACAAAAACAUGCAUGGGCAUGUACAAAGUAACCGCCACAGGUCUCGCCCCUGAAAUCGCCUACUUCCAGCUCGACGACCCGCCCAAGAUGUACCGCACCGAGAUCCUCGCGUCCAAAUCCGAGCUCGACACCAGUGUUCCCGACAGCGAGGGCUGGAAGAGCGAUUUCGACCUCAAGCCAGCUGAUACGCAUAACCUCCAGCGACCAGAGACUGUAGAGUCGCUCCUGUACAUGUGGCGCAUAACCGGUGAUGACAUCUACCGGGAAUGGGGCUGGGAUAUGUUUGAAGCUUUCGUCAAGCACACUAUCGUAGAGGACAAUGGCGGGUUCUCUAGUAUCGGUGAUGUGACGAAGGUGCCUCCUCCGUCGCGAGACAACAUGGAGAGUUUCUGGCUUGCCGAGACGCUCAAAUACAUGUACCUCCUCUUCUCUCCCGAUGAUCUCCUCCCUCUCGAUCAAAUCGUUCUGAAUACUGAGGCCCAUCCGUUGCCUCGCUUCGACGCAAGCAAGAAGAGGUUCAAGACGGGCUGGGAACGUAUACCGCGGGACGACAAUGGUAAUCUUGUGCCCAAGGGCGAAGCUAAACCGGUGGAAACCAAGGCAGAAGACAAGACGACUUAG